AUAAUGUCAAAGCCUAGAGCAAGAAGUACAAUAGAAUAAAGAAUAAAGGAUGUUAGAAUGUAAAAAUCUCGAAAUUAUUCACAUGCAGAUGGAACAUGUGUAUGUGUUGAUUGUUUAUGUGGAUAAUGCAAAUGCUAAGUCAUAUAACAACCUUAUGAUUAUCCAAAACUUUUAUUGUCAAAUUAUAAACGAGAAUAUUAGUGGAAAUACUCUUCUCCUUCAAAGCCAGUGUAGUAAGUAGAAUAUUAGUCAAAUUUUGAUCAGGUUUUCAAAUCUUCUACUUACUAAAGAAAUUUUCAAUCAUUCAACAUUUAGAAAACUGAAAAUUUUAAACCAUCACCUUAAGAUUGGAACAACGUAUCUCCAAUUGUUGAAAUGUCAUCUUAUAGAACAAACUUCAAAUAACAACCAAAUAGUAUAAUAUAUAAAAAAGUUACAUUAGAUAUCACUCCAAUUCUAAAACCUAUUGAAGUUGAUCAUUCUAUAAAUUUACCUAUGUCUUAAAAGACAACCUACAAUAAGCAUUUUAGAGCAUGUAGUUCUUAAUUAGAAAAUGAUCAUUAUGUUAGAGAGGCUCAUUACAAAAGACAUACUAAUUAAUCACCAAGUCCAUAUUUAAAAACAUCUUAUCAACAUUUUUAUAAUGUCGUAUCAUAAUCACAUACUAAUGCAAUUUUACCAUAAUAAAACUAACCAUUUAUGCCAACCUUAUCUGGAUCGUAGAAUCGAUAAAGUAGAUAUUAAUCAGACUAUAAGAAAAAAAAUAAACUUAAGUGUUAAGCUAGAUAAUUUUUAGAAGAAUAUAUUAUUUAACAUUAAGAUUGA